CUUGCCCUCUCUCUCUCUGUUUCAAUCUCUCUCUCUCAAUCUCUCUCUCGGCGGCGACGAUGACGGACGCCUUGCUGCCUUCCUCGGGCCCCAGCGGAGGCUGCUACUUCCGAAAGGGAUGCAACCCUCUUGCAGAGACCGGGCGCAGCAAAUUGCAGAAUCAAAGAGCGGUCCUGAACCAGCAGAUCCUGAAAGCGGUGAGGAUGAGAGCGGGCGCUGAGAACCUCCUACGGGCGACAACCAACAACAAAGUGCGGGAACAGGUGCUUCUCGAGCUCAGUUACGUCAACUCCGACCUGCAGAUUUUGAAGGAGGAGCUGGAAGGGCUCAACAUCUCCGUCGAGGUCUAUCAGAACACAGAGCAGGCUUUCAGCAUUCCUCUGAUCCCACUUGGCUUGAAAGAAACCAAGGAUGUUGACUUCUCUGUCCCUCUGAAGGACUUUAUUCUGGAACACUACAGCGAAGAUGGUUCUGAAUAUGAAAAUGAAAUUGCCGAUCUCAUGGAUUUAAGACAAGCUUGCCGUACGCCCAGCAGAGAUGAAUCUGGAGUCGAAAUGUUGAUAAGCUACUUUGUUCAGCUCGGCUUUAUAGAAACUCGGUUUUUUUCGCCCAGCAGAAACCUGGGAAUUUUAUUUACCUGGUAUGACUGCUUCACGGGCGUCCCUGUCUGUCAGAACAAUUUGUUGCUUGAAAAGGCUAGUGUUUUGUUUAAUAUUGGCGCGCUCUACACGCAGAUUGGUACGAGGUGCAACCGGCAGACAGCGGCUGGGCUGCAAAAGGCCAUUGAUGCAUUUCAGAAAGCUGCAGGUGUCCUAAAUUAUCUCAAAGAGACAUUCACUCACACACCGAGUUAUGACAUGAGUCCCGCCAUGCUAAGCGUACUGACCAAAAUGAUGCUCGCUCAAGCGCAGGAGUGCGUUUUCGAACAGAUUUGCCUUCCGGGAAUACGGAAUGAGUUCUUCACCCUGGUGAAAAUGGCCCAGGAAGCUUCCAAGGUUGGAGAGACCUACUUGCUCGUCAAUAUAGCAAUGAAUCAAGCACCCGUCAAGGAAAAUAUCCCUUACUCUUGGUCCAAACUGGUUCAAGUCAAAUCAGAUCACUUCGGAGCUUUAGCGCAUUAUUUUGUUGCAACUAUCUUGGGUGACCACCAGCUGAAUCAAAAUGAUGACGAAGACCAACAGGAAAAGGCCUUCUCCCAGCUGUACGACCACAUGCCAGAAGGGCUGGCUCCCCUGGCCAUUCUGAAAGACAGAGUCCAGCGCAAACAACUGGGGAAAUCCCAUUUGAAGAGGGCCAUCGUCCACCACGAGGAAGCCUUAAGGGUUUGCAGCGUGUGCAGAAAGCUCCGGAAUAUCGAGGUCCUCCAGGAAAUCCUGUCGGUUGCACACAAGCGAUCCCUCCUUAAAUAUUCACAGCAAGAACUGGAAGAUGACUUCUUGAGUUUGGCGUCUGCUUCCGAUAUCCUUCCUAAGACAGACCAUAAAGUAGAAGCUGUCGCUCCCCAGUUCUCAAAGGUGAAAGUGAAAGACUUCUUCGAAAAACUGGGUCCGCUCGCGGUGUUUUCAGCCAAGCAGAGGUGGACGGCUCCUCGCUCCGUUCGCUUUCGAUGUGAAGCUGGGAAUCUGGGAUUUACCCUGAAAGGCGGGCCUCCCGUCCACGUUUACUGCCUAGAUCCAGCUUGUCCCGCAGCGUUGGCAGGCCUGAAAGAAGGGGAUUGCCUUGUUGCUGUUGAAGGCGCAGACUGCAAAUGGCUGGGCGUCAGUGAGGUCUUGGAAAAGCUGCGCAACUUGGGAGACCAGGAGAUGGAGAUCCAGGUGAUCAGCUGCCAAGAUACUGCAGCUUCCCUGCACAACAAAAGCGCAACGUAUUCCGUGGGCAUGCAGAAAACAUACUCUCUGAUCUGCUUGGCCAUGGACGAAGAUAAGAAUGACAAGGCCAAGAAAGCCACCCCAAAGCUGUCGUUUUUGAGCUGGGGGAUGAAGAAUAAUCGGCAGAAAGCCGCCAGCACACUCUGCCUUCCUUCCGUUGUGACGGGAAGCUCUCCAGCGAAGAAGAAGCUCACCUCUCCCUUUACGCUUCUGAGUACAGACAGCUCGUUGUACUAGAACUGGAAAGGGAGGCUUCCUUUCAUCUGGAAACGAUGGCUGAAUGUGUGCCAUGAACACGUCAUUGAAGUCUUGUCAAUCUGGAAUGGCUGUGGUUCCAUAGGCCAGUUCCAAUCUGGCCUGUGCCUUUUCUCCUUAAGUCUUAUGCUGUGUCUCCUGAAUAAGCAAGGCAUUCUAUUCGGGACUGAUCUCAUUUGCUACCAAACACCUUGGAAGCAUCUGUUUGCGUUUCCUCGUGGCUCCUAUCUGACCUGCUGCAAAGAUGAUGAAGGAUUGUGUGUCAUUGUGCCAUGCUCAAGUCAUAAUUUUAAAGUGGACUGAGCAUCCCCUGGAUCCUUGCAGAAAUGGGGGAAUCAGAGACUGUGAUGACACAGCUUUUGGGGAUAAUUCACUUCUUGGUUACAUUGGAAAUGGUUACACUGAAGGACACAAAGUUAGCCGAGAUCAGUCAGUACUAGAGGUGGGAAGGUCUAGGGCAGGCAUGGGCAAACUAAGGCCCGCGGGCCAGAUGCGGCCCCCUAGGCACUUAUCUCAGGCCCUCCUCAUUUUCCCUGUCCUCUUGGCAUAAGGACACAGUGUCCCACCGCAUCCUUACGCAGAAAGGAUGGAGGAGGAAGGCACGUAACAACGGAGAGGCCUCUGGUGUGCUCUCAGCCAUAGCAUGUCUCGCCCUCCUCCUGGCAUAAGGAUGGUAUGAGCAGCCCUGUCUUUAUGCUAAGAGGAUAGCCCAAGGAAGACACAUAGCAGUUGAGAGUCUUCCAAAGAGCUCUCGGACGUCACCUGUCUUGCCCUCCUCCGGACAUAAUACUUAGAGGUCAGCCCGAAGAUCGGGGGGGGGGGGGGAAUAGGGAAGGAUGAUUGUGGCCUCUCAUUUUUUUUCCCUGGCCUAAGGAUGGAGCAAGCAGCCUCAUUCUUAUGCCAAGAGGACAACCCUAGGAUAACUCUGGCCCCACCCUCUCAGGCUCUCUCCUUCUUGGGCCCGUCCCACCCAGUGCGUGCCUGGCCAUCCUACCUCCCUCCCGGCCUGGCCCUCUCAGUCGGGCCCACAAUGCACCCCAAGGCAAAAAAAGUUUGUGCGUGCCUGGCCUAGGGACAAAAAAAUGGAAAAAUGGGGGGAGGGGAGUUUUUUCCCCUAUAGACUGUUGGAAAUUGUGGGAGUUGAAGUCCAAACACCUGGUGGGCUGAAUUUUGCCCAUGCCUGUGAUAAACAAUGUUAUUAGUCCAGAUAUUUCAGGAUUAAGCUUUGCCUUGUUUACGUUCUUCCAUCUGCAUCUGUGAAGCGAAAUCAAUUUAAGCAGCUCCCCAGGUUGGAGGAGAAAGGAUAGAGAAAUGAUACAAUAACCAGAUUUAAGUACAGUAGAGUCUCGCUUAUCCGACCUUCGCUUAUCCGACAUUCCGUCUUAUCCGACGCCCUAUUCCUCCAGCAUUUCCCUUCCAAUUCAAGGAGCGCUCGCCAACUCUCUCUCCAUUCCCAGUAAGUGAAAAAGGCACGACAAGGAGGAGGACGAGGAGGAGGGAGGAAAGGGGGAAAAGAGGCAGGACCGGAAGCGGAAGUGUCCUCCUUCCUUCCCUCUGAGAUUUCCAUGCUCCUCUUCUGCAUCCGGGCACUUCCUGCUGGGCCACUCUAGCUCUGAGGCAUUGCCUUGCCUUAACCCUGUUAAUAUUCUAGGUGUCUAGUGCCGCGUUGUACGGGUAACAGUAGGAGACUCCGUAUUAUCCGACAUUUUCGUUUAUCCUACGUUCUGCUGGCCCGUUUAAACGAGACUCUACUGUACCCGAAAAUGAAGCCAACUUGUUUCUGCUGCUUCAGAAACCAAACCACUAAGAAUUCCCUGAGAGUGGCAUCACCUGCCUUGUAAAGGAAUGGACUCCCCUUCCUUGAAGAGAAGUGAGAUGGUCAUCUUCAGCUGUGCAAGGCAGCGGGUUGGAUUGGACGGCCCUUGCUGUCUUUUUUUCCCCUAUGAUGAUUUCGUGAAACCGAGACUGCAUUUCAAAGCUGAAAAUGCCAUGCGUUGUCACAGUCAGAAUAAGGGAGAAGAUGGAAACAGAACAAGUCCUGGGUUGUUGUAGGUUUUUCGUGCUAUAUGCCCAUGUUCUAGAAGCAUUCUCUCCUGACGUUUCACCUGCAGCUAUGGCAAGGUUGACCUCACAACCUCUGAGGAUGCUUGCCAUAGAUGGAGGAGAAAGGUCAGGAGAGAAUGCUUCUAGAACGUGGCCAUAUAGCCCGAAAAACCUACAACAACCCAGUGAUUCCAGCCAUGAAAGCCUUCGACAAUAGACAGAACAGGUCCUUUUAGCUCAGAUCAAACUCCCAAUGCCUGCCAAGUAUCGUUGUAAAUAUACCUAUAAUUUAGUAGCAGUUUAAAGGACUGCUGUCAUCUGAGGUUUUGUGUAGCAUUGCCGUACCCAGCGCCUUGUUCCAAGUAGCCUACAAUGGAACUAACUAUGCCUUAAGAGACGUUUAGAAGCAAUCACCCAUUUAGGAACCCGUCCAACUGGUAAUGUAUUUUUCUGGACAUCUGUUGCUGCUGUUCUCCCUCCCUCUCCCUCCCUCCCUCUCUCUCUCUCUCUCUCUCUCUCUCUCUCUAAAGCUGAUGCUUGCUAACACAGUAGUGUUAGUGUAAAAGUAUUGUCUACAGGGUAGAUCUCACAAUGUCUUAAUUGUCACAAUGUUUUGAAUAGGUGAAACCCCUGCUCUGAUUUGAACUCACAGCAAUGGGAAGGGGACCGAUCUCCCCGAUAGGAAAUUUUAGAUGAUGCUUUCAGGGGAAAGGUUUGGGGUUUUUAUUUGUCCAAAAGCCUGGUGUAUCAAACUUUGUAUGAACUCACCUAUCUUUUUUAAGGGUUUUGUGUUUAUUCAUAUUAGGUGUAAAUACAUACAUGUUAAAAGUCUUAUUUAAGAAUGGGUCCUACAGAUCCCUUUUGGAUCCCUUUGAUUGCGUUGCAAGCAGGAUGAAGCAGGGCAGCCUCUCUCGCCUGUUGAUGCUUGUUAAGAAUGGAGAUGCAGACCAGUUUGUUUCUUCUCUAUCCUUCUGUGAAAGGAAAAGAAAUCAUAAAUAGCGGCUGCUCUUGAUCUCUUGUUGUUGUUGUUGUUGUUGUUGUUGUGAAAUAUCUGAAUUGAUGCUCAGAACUGAUCUUAGCACAUAAUAAAACAAAUGUAGCAAGUCACAAA